UCUUCUUCUUGCCCUCCCGCAGCGAAAAUGCAUCCGACACUGGAUCAUACUCUCCUAGUUCUCCAGCGAGGCAACUAACACGACUGGGCUUUCCCGGAGCCGAAAGCGCCUCUACUACACGUCCCAGAAUCCUCCUAGGCCUGAGAUUCCUGCCUGCCUGCAAUUUUCCUUUUGAAUUAGCAGACGGAGUCCAGCCAGGUAUAGUUCCUGAAUUGGAACCAGGGGUCCAGGCCUACUCGCUGGAGAGUAUAGUGAUGAGAGGAUUUGACCAGUUCUGUGUUCUCUGGACUUGGCUUCUCUACUAGAGAAAACCUGAGGAAGAUUGGCUAUUCUAAAAUGAUGGCCCAGGUGCCAUUGACAUUCAGUGAUAUUGCCAUAGAUUUCUCUCAGGAGGAGUGGGAAUGCCUAAAUUCAGACCAGAGGGAUUUGUACAGAGAUGUGAUGUUGGAGAAUUAUAUUAACUUGGUCUCACUAGACUUUGAUUUUACAACUGAGACCAACAAGUUAUCUUCAGAAAAAAUCAGUCAAGAAGUAAAUUCACACCAUUGGGAGAGAAUGAAAAGAAGUAAAACUUUCAACUUAUUGGGAUUUAUUUUAAGAAAUAACCCACACUGCAACAUUGAAUUUGGAAGACAACAGGAACCUAAAGUGGAUUGUUUUAGUCAAAUGACAUUCACAAAGUACAUACCUCUCCUCCCUUUACAUCAGAGGAUUCACACUACAGAGAAAUCCUAUGAAUGUAAAGAAUAUAGAAAGAGCUAUAGAAAAUAUACACAUUUUACUAAACAUCUAAGAGACCAUAUUGGUGUGAGACCCUAUGAAUGUAAGGAAUGUGGGAAGGCCUUUAAAGCUCUCCAGCAUUUUAUUAGACAUAAAAAGACUCACACUGCUCUGAAGUCCUAUGAAUGUAAUGGAUGUAAGAAGGCCUUUAGGUUUUAUUCACACCUUUUACAACAUCAGAUCAUUCAUACUAGUAUAAAACCCUAUAAAUGUAAGCAAUGUGGGAAAGCUUUUAAACGUCCUUCUCAUCUAACUGUACAUCAGAAAAUUCAUAUUGGUUUGAAACCCUAUGAAUGUAAAGAAUGUGGGGAAACUUUUAGAUUGUACCGACAUAUGUGUCUACAUCAGAAAAUUCAUCGUGGUGUGAAACCCUAUAUAUGUAAGGAAUGUGGAAAGGCCUUUGGUCAUCGUGCAAGUCUUUAUCAACAUAAGAAAAUCCAUUCUGGUGAGAAACCAUACAAAUGUAACCAAUGUGGAAAGGCCUUUGUUCACAGAUAUUUACUUAUUGAACAUCAGAGAAGUCAUACUGGUGAGAAGCCUCAUGAAUGUAAGGAAUGUGGUAAGGCCUUUAGUAGGAUUUCAAGCCUUCUUCAGCAUAAGAGAAGUCAUAGUAGUGAGAAACUCUAUGAUUGUAAGGAAUGUGGGAAGGCCUUCUGUAGGGGCUCUCAGCUUAUACAACAUCAGAGAAUUCAUACUGGUGAGAAGCCACAUGAAUGCAAAAAGUGUGGAAAGACUUUCAAGCUUCAUUCAUACCUUAUUCAACAUCAGAUAAUUCAUACUGAUUUGAAACCAUAUGAAUGUAAACAAUGUGGGAAAGCCUUCAGUCGUGUUGGAGGUCUUAAAACACAUCAGUCAAUUCAUGCUGGAAAGAAACCUUAUGAAUGUAAGGAAUGUGGAAAAACCUUUAGACUUAAUUCUCAACUAAUUUAUCACCAGACAAUUCAUACUGAUUUGAAACCAUAUAUAUGUAAAGAAUGUAAGAGGGCAUUUCGUUCUGUCUCAGCUCUUUCUCGACAUAAGAGAAUACAUACUGGUGAAAAACCCUAUGAAUGUAAAGAAUGCGGUAAGGCCUUUAGUCGUAGUGAUCGACUUACUGAACAUCAGAGAAUUCAUACUGGUGUGAAGCCACACAAAUGUAAAGAAUGUGGGAAGACGUUUGCUCAUUGCUGUCAACCUACUCAACAUCAAAGGCUUCACACUUGUAAGAGACUAUUAAUGUGAUGUGGUUGGAAAGUCAUCAGCCAUGGUGCAUCCUUUACCAUUAUCACCAUUCUGCCACCUGAAAAUGUUACAGUAAAGAUUAAACUAACAUAAAAAAUAAAUGCUUGGAAGGCAUCUGACACAUAGUAUUUGUUUACUGGAUGUUAUUUUUAUGAUAAUCACUAGUAUGACUAUAAAUUAAUAUAGAAGGAAGACCCUAUGACCAUAUACCAUAUUUUUUUAAUCACUCCAUUCAUAUUUUACUUAAGAUCAUUUAUUCUGGUCAACAAUCUCAUAGAAAGUAUUUUAAAAGAAACUUUUACUCAAAGCUCAACCCCCUGAAGAUAACAGGAAGAAACCUUGUGCCUUUUUUGAGUAUUGACAGUAUAGCUGUUGAAAAUUGAAGUGAUUUGAAGUUUUCUCACAACAAAUUCUAUAACACAGAUAACAUACAAUCAACAUUCCCCAUAAUUCAAAGAGAUUGGAAAUUAGGGUAGCCAAAAGACAGAUGUUGACUUAGGAAAGUAUUCCUAAUGUUUUUGGAAGUUUUCAUUUUUAUAUAAAGGGUAUAACAAAAGUUGUACAAUGAAGGUUUGUUUGCCCUGCACCUGGUUUCAACAUCUUUCUUAUAUGUAUGAAAUGUGUUUGUGUGUGUGUGUGUAUAAAAUAUAUACAGGUGCACAUAUCAUUAUUACAUGUUGACGAUGUAUUUUGCUGUGCUUUUGAGUGAAUGUUUUAGAGAUCCCUUCACCCUAAAAAAUCCAUAUACAGCUCUGAGAAUUAAAGAUAGUCUUUUACAUGACCACAAAGCUUUUGUCAACUAAAAACAUUAACAGUAACCCUAUAACAUUCUACAAUAUUUAGUCCAUUUACAAAUUUCUCCAGUUGUGCAUAAAGAAUGGCUUCUGAAAGUGCUGGGUCUUUUUUAAAUCCAAAAAUUAAAUUAAGCUUAUAUGUUUUAUAUGACUAUAGCUUUUGAGUCUCCUUUGGUCAAGAACUUACUCUCCACCUCUUUUGUAACUUAGCUUUUUUUUGGAAAGUCACAGUGACACUCACUUAGAUAUUUAAGCAGUCGUACAAAUUUCAAAGAAAUUAAGGCUAACCCCCCAUCCCAUCUUUGAUGUUUAUCCAUGUAUUUACCAUUUCCCAUGCCCUUCAUUCCUUCCCAAUGAUCUGAAUUUCCAUCUGGUAUCAUUUCCCUGCAGCUUGAAGAAUUUAAUUUAGCAUUUCUUGGAGUGCAUAUCUGCUGGUGAUGAAUUUCUAUUGUUUGUUUUACAUAAAUGCCUUUGUUCUGGAAGGAUUUUUUCUUGCCAUAGAAUUCUGGGUUUUGUUUUGUAUUUUUAAAAAAGAUAAGUACCACUGGCUUCUGGCCAAUGGUGAUAAGUCAUUUAAAUUGUUUUUCCUCUGUAUGUAAAGCGUAUUUUCUCUACAUGAUGUCGAUUUUCUUAUUACAUUUGGUUUUCAGCUGUUUGAA